AUCAGCCUGCGCACCGACUCCGCGCACCGGACUCCGGAAGUCGGCAGACGGUGGUGGUGGCCGAGCUGCGACCGCCACCCUCCGUUCCUCGCCACUCAUGGGCGGACGCCCGUGCCGAAUGCUCCAGUGUUCGGCGCAGCGCACAGGAUUCCACGGGGUCCCAUCGAGCGCGCAUUCCCCUGGCCGUCGCUCUCCCGUGACCGUGACCCGCCGUGAUGCGCGCGCAUGCUCGGGCGGCACCGGCCGUGACGCCCGAGCAGGGCGGAAGAAGGCGACGCCCAGCGUCGUGGCGGCGCGGGAGGAAUGGGACGUGCGCUCGCGGGGUUCGCGAGGAGGAACUGCGGACUGUGGUAGACCACUAGGGUCACAGCACACGCACGCCGCCUGUUCGAGAGAAUGCCUGAACCAAGGUGUGCCAGUCAGGGGCAUCUUGGAGGUUAUAGCUGGAGAUGAGAGAAGUGAUAAAGAUGCUUGUACGGUUGCCUCAAAGACUAUGCAAGUUGUGAAGCACACUGACUGUGUUAAGGAAGAUCAAAGGAGCGCAACAGAUAAUCACAGGGGGGAAAUUGUUGCCAGUGGCGACAAAGUAGUCAGUGAUGACGAAGAAAUGACUGUCAAUAAUAUACUUGCAAAAAGUAGACACCGUGAUGGUUCCAUAUACAGGGACAUGGAUACAUGGUGGAAACGGGACUAUUGUAUUGCGGACCAUAAUGAGACUCGCUUAGAGGCAAUGGCGUUCUCAAAUCCCACAAAUUGUAUUGUCCGCAAUGGAACUUGCAUGGAACAUUUUCCUUGUUGCAUGCUGCAAAUCUUAUCAAUAAAGUUGGCUAAAAUUCCAGUGGAUUGUCGCUUAGUAGAGUUGUAUGGAUACAUAGCUGUGCGGGAUGAUCUGGAUCCAUUGCUUAAUUAUGUUGUUAAGCUUAGCAGGGAUGAUCCCAUCAUUGUGGAGCAGGGUUCUCUCAUCAAUAUGGCUGGUCCUAAACGAGGGAUAGACAUGAUGGACUUUACUUUGAUCGAAUAUGACAUGAGGGUCAAGACAGGCGCAGAAGAAAAGGAUGACCUACAGCUGAUCGAUGGUGCAUCCUUCAUAGGCCCUGCAGGGAUAUGGAAUCAGCCAUUUACAGUUCACAUUCCUGGUGAUUAUGGUGCAGUCGACAUAACAUUAUCACGUCUCCAUUCUGCAGUUGAGGCAACUCUAGAGGUCCUCGUAUCAGAAGUGCAAAUCAGUUUCGAUUUGUCGCUCAGUUGUUUAUCAAGUGAGCUGAAUAAGGGAAUCUGGCUGUUUAAUGGCACCAUUGCUGAGUCAUGCAGCUUGAAGAGGUCUGUGGUUGCUGUAUUAAAGGAAUCUUCGAUAGAUCUGAAGAUCAAAAUUGAUGCCCUGUCAUCCAGUUCUGAACAACAUUGCUGUUCCUUCUAUGCAAAAACCCAUGGCCAUGAUACUCAAGAAAUAAAGAGUGCUUUUGCUUUCAUCUCGGUGAAGGUGACUUGGUCGACAUUGCCUGAUGGACUGUGCCGAUAACUCUUCUGUUCCUGUAACGAGUGGGUCGAAGAGACCAACAACAGUACGGCCUAAAUUUAGGUGUGGCAAACCUUGGAUAAUGAACAAUAUAUUGUAAUAAGUUACUCUUUUACUCCCUCUGUCCUAAAAAAAGUGCAACUCUCACUUCUCAAGAA